GACUUCACCUGAUAAUAAUACAAUACACAAGAACAAAGAAACUGAACGAACAAGAACACAGAAGAACAGAGAUCAUGACGAUGGCGAGGGUGUUGAACGCGUUGAACGCGUUGACGGUGAGUCGGAUGUUGACUCGCGACCACUUGGUUCUCAUGAACGAAGGCAUACCCUUUGGAUCGGUGAAGUGGAUAGCUUACGCCGGAAUCUGCUGUUUUCUUGUUCUCUUUGCCGGAAUCAUGUCUGGUCUCACUCUCGGUCUCAUGUCCCUCAGUCUCGUCGACCUAGAAAUUCUUGAACGGAGUGGUACUCAUUCCCAGAAAAAACAAGCCGCGAUUAUUCUACCUGUGGUUAAAAAACAACAUCAGCUUCUUGUUACUCUGCUUCUCUGUAAUGCUGUUGCCAUGGAGGCUCUUCCUAUCUAUCUAGAUAAACUCUUCAAUCAAUUUCUUGCUAUCAUUCUCUCUGUUACUUUCGUUCUCUUUUUCGGGGAGGUUAUUCCACAAGCAAUUUGUAGUAGAUAUGGUCUUGCUGUAGGUUCAAACUUUGCAUGGCUUGUGCGGAUUUUAAUGGUUGUUUGCUAUCCAGUUUCUUACCCUGUUGGAAAGGUUCUGGAUUAUGUAUUGGGGCAUGAUGAGGCUUUAUUUAGGCGAGCUCAGUUAAAAGCUCUUGUCUCCAUUCAUGGCAAGGAGGCUGGGAAAGGAGGUGAGCUUACACAUGAUGAGACAACAAUUAUCAGUGGAGCACUUGAUUUAACUGAAAAGACUGCUGAGGAGGCUAUGACUCCUAUUGAAUCAACGUUUUCUUUAGAUGUUAAUUCAAAAUUGGACUGGGAGGCAAUGGGAAAAAUUCUUGCUCGUGGGCACAGCCGGGUUCCUGUCUUUUCUGGAAAUCCCAAGAAUGUUAUUGGGCUUCUACUUGUCAAAAAUCUUCUUACUGUACGACCUGAAACAGAGACCCCUGUCAGCGCUGUAUCUAUCCGUAGAAUUCCACGGGUUCCAUCUGAUAUGCCUCUCUACGAUAUACUGAAUGAGUUCCAAAAAGGAAGUAGUCAUAUGGCUGCUGUUGUUAAGGCUAAGGGAAAAGCCAAAGAAACCCCACAAGUAAUUGAAGAAGAGAAAUCCAAUGCAAAGAAAAGUGUUGGCCGGGAUUCACAGUUGACUACCCCAUUGUUACAAAAACAGGAUAUAAAAUCAGAAAAUGUUGUUGUUGACAUUGAAAAGCCUACAAAGCUUCCCAGCAUUACUAAACAAACUGGUUUGCCUCGUAGUGAUGUCACGUUAAACUCUCCUUCCGAAAGUAUUGAUGAUGGUGAAGUGAUUGGUAUCAUCACUUUGGAAGAUGUAUUUGAAGAACUUCUACAAGAAGAAAUUGUGGAUGAGACAGAUGAAUAUGUUGAUGUUCACAAGAGAAUACGUGUUGCAGCGGCUGCAGCUGCUUCUUCAAUGGCACGAGCUCCAUCAAUACGAAGAAUGACUGCUGGUCAAAAGGGAGCAGGAGGCCAAAGUAAGCCAGGGCAAUCUCCAAAGUUAUCUGGAGAGGAAAGUGGAUUGAAUUCUACAAGAUAACAAUGAGCUCUCGAGUAAAAUGCCUUUACUAUAUAUAAGGGUUGCUCUUUUGUAUCAGCUAUAUCAUAUGCUGAAAAAGAAGAGUAUUCAAGUCAUUUGAUUGUGUGUAAUUUAAUACUUUCCUUUUUGGAAAUGCUUAAAUUUAUUUUAACUCAAGUAGAAAUUUUUUGAACUGAUGCUGCUUCCUGUAUCAGUAUUAUGUUCCAACAAUUUUUACCAUGUGCCUAAAGAAACGUCUUCUUCAAUUAUCAACACUUUUCUGCAACA